UAAAUAGGGUCCAAAGAUCAGGGCUGACGAAAGUAGCGGACCCGAAUUUUGAACGAGGAAUCGCGCAAAUUGAUACUUCUCUUUUAGCCGAAGGAGCAGGCGGCCGUCAACAAAUCCAUCACCGACGAGGUUCUUCAUCUCCUCGUCUUUUUAUUUCCCGUGCCGAGGCCGCUGUUCUUUUCCGAUCGCACUCUCUGCUGCGCCCUUCUCUUGCUGGGUCCUUCCUCGCCAAGUGGCACUUUGGCAAUCAUGGCAAAGAUUAAAGUCCAUGAGUUGCGCACCCGGAGCAAGCAAGAAUUACUGAAUCAGCUCAAGGAGCUGAAGGCCGAGUUGGCUCUUCUGCGAGUUGCCAAAGUCACCGGUGGUGCCCCCAACAAACUCUCGAAGAUCAAGGUUGUGAGGCUUUCUAUCGCCCAGGUGCUCACUGUCAUCUCGCAGACUCAAAAGGCUCAUUUGCGUGAAGUGUACAAGAAGAAGUCGUUCUUGCCUCUUGAUUUGCGACCCAAGAAAACGCGUGCUAUUAGGAAACGACUCGCUCUACACCAGGCUUCACUCAAGACUGAAAAGCAACAGAAGAAGGACGCAUACUUUCCGAUGAGGAAGUAUGCCGUAAAGGCUUAAAUGCAUAAUUUAACUUACUCAGAACAUUUUUUUGACACAGCAGCGUGCUCUUUCUGUAGAGCGUGAGAAAAUGUUUUUGCGGAGCGAUCAAGAAUCGUCUUUAAUCGAAGUGCAUGACGUUAUUGCCCAGGACAGUCUGUAAGUGAAUGGUAGUCAAUCUUUCUAAAACUUUGAAACUAUCAAUGGAAAUCUAGACCUUAUGAUUAAGUUAGGACUUCAGCGGUCGCAGUUAAAAAGAGUGAACUGAGAAGCGUUCCCACGUUGGGAUCUCUUUUAUUGGUAGAAUACUCCUGCUAUCAUAUGGAUUUAGAGUUAUUCUUUUUAGGCGUAAUGGGAAAAGUCGUUUAACCUUUGUCAGUCCAGCGUUAUCGAAAAUAUUGAGUCUUGUUAAUGA